CUAUAGCAAACAGGUAAUACGUGGUGGCAAAUUAUUUCGAUUCGAUUCGACUCGCCUCGGCGAGCCAGUGGACGCCAGCCUUUAUUAAAAUUCAUUACCAUGGCAACAGAAUAGGCAACAAGGACAACAAUAAACACAACAAAACAAUGUCAUUUCUUAAAAAUAGUAAAAAGUCGUGAAUAAUUAUUUUACAAAGUUAACUUAAGUUUGUUUUAUAAGAAUGAAGGCGAUAGACACGAUACUGUUCGAUAUUUCCAAAAAUGAACUCUUCAAAAUCAAUGAGAAUUUCAAAAUGCUGCAUCGGAAGUUAAAGAGCGCUUGGAAGGUCAUGAUAAAUCGGGAAGAAAUAUCUCCUCACAUACUCCAAGAUGUAAAGAUCUUGGUGAUACCAGGACCGCAGAAUGCAUUUACAGAUGACGAGCUCGCGGCGCUGAAAAGUGUGGUAGAAAGAGGAGACUCUGUGUUGGUGAUGAUGACAGAUGGGGGAGAGGAACGUAUGAACACUAAUAUAAACUUCUUCCUCGAAGAGUAUGGAAUUGUUGUUAAUAAUGAUUGUGUAGUCCGAGCUAAGUAUCACAGAUUCUACCACCCUAAAGAGUGUCAUAUAUCUAAUGGCAUCCUCAAUCGAGCGGUGCUGAAGUACAUUAUGAAGAUGCCAAAUUAUAUCAGCGAAUCUGAUGACUUUCUAGAAGACCCGCCAACACCAAAUUUUGUCUAUCCCUAUGGCGCAACAUUGACGGUAAAAAAACCCUCUGCAGCAAUGUUUUCAAGCAGUGACGUUUGCUAUCCUGUGAAACGACCAGUUGCAGCUAUGUACAUCUCAGAAAAAAGUGGAGGAAAGCUCUUCGUCAUCGGAUCUGGGCAUUUCUUCGCGGAUCAGUAUUUAGAUAGCGAAUGCAACGACCUUAUUCGUGAAAUGAUUUUCAAUUAUCUUGGAGGCGUCACUGACUUUCAUCUGAAUGCCAUCGAUGUUGAGGACCCUGAUAUCAACGAAUACCGAACUCUGGGGGACACUCUAUGGCUUAGCUCGGUACUACUGCCAGAGCCAGCCAGCGCACCGCCUCCUCGCCUUGCACCCUUACAUCCCCACGCUCUUUUCACCUGGACACUGUUCUCGCUCAAUCUUUCUCAUUUGCCUGAAGUGCUGGGAUUAUAUGAAGAGCUUGGCGUAAAACAUGAGCCGCUAAGGCUGAUAGCUCCACAGUUCGAAACACCUUUUCCACCACUGCAGCUAGCUGUUUUCGCGCCAACUUUCAGGGAUCCCCCUCCGCCGCCAUUAGAGCUCUUCGAUCUGGACGAAGCGUUCAGCUCAGAGCGGUCGCAGCUCGCGAGGCUAGCUAACAAAUGUCUACAGCCUCUGAACGCUAGGAUGGGACAAGGUGACGGCAGACUAGAAAACGAGCUGGAAUAUUUCGUCCGAGAAUGCGGUCGCGCAGUCAGACUGUCUCGAGCUGUAACCACCGACGACGCGCCCGCUGGCAAGCACAUCCUGCACCAGCUCGCCGUACAGCUUGCUACCUUCAAGAAGAUCGCACCGCGAGAUUGAAAUAAAACCUUCAAAUGAAUAUCAUUUAUUCAGACACAAUACUAAACAUAAUAAGUCUAAAAACUAAAUAAAAUGAAAAAUUAAUGCCUGAAAAAUUGUGCGUUAUCGCGAUUCCGAUCGAGAAUAUAUUGAUGGUAUUGACAGGCAACAGGGUUGUGGCGACCUUGUCAAUACCAUCAAUAUUGAUGUUUUUUGAAAUUCUCAAGACGCUGAACUUGAAGUUCAGUAAUAGAUUACGUCAUGAACUGGUUGAGUACUUAGUUUUAAAGUUUAUAC